AUGAAUACAUCUUCAUAUGACCAAGAAAUCAAAAAUAGAUACGUAAAUGUUGUGCCUUCAGCUAAAUCUUUACUUGAUACAACAGAAUUUUAUAACCAAGAAAAAAAUAGAUUAAGCAAUUAUACAGAUUCGCAAAUAUCUCCUCUUGUUAAUGAACAGGAUGAAGUGGGGAUGCAAUAUCUUAGUUCUAAUGCAGUAUUUGACUCAAAAGAGUACGAAAUACUAUCAUUGGAAGAAACGGAAAAAUUAAAAAAAGUAAAACAUCAUUUUUCAAUAAAUAAAUCUAAGAAUAGCAAGGAAAAACAUAUACUACUCAAUAGAAUAGAAACAGUGCGAAAAACAUUAGCUUUAGAGUCAAAACUCCGAGAAGCAGCACAAUCUUUAUCACGUCUUCAUUCUAACAGAGGAAAACGGAUAUCACGUCAAGUUGAAGACCAACUACUUAUUUCAAAUAGUAAAAUUGAAGAAGCAGCAGAAGAACUAUGGCGUCUUCAAAAGAAUGAACACGAAGUUUCUAUUCGACUAUUAAAACAUACAGCAGGAGUAUUAAGAUAUGCUUUAGAAAAACAUACAAUGAGCGGACAUAUUUCUAAUUUUCUUCAAGAAAAAAAACCUAUGGAUCUAUAUGAUUUUAAUGAACUUCAUUUUUAUAAAUCUAAUAAUGCAGAAUUCUCAGAAAACACAGAAUCUAGAAAAAAUAAAAUAAAUGAUAACAUAUCAUAUACUUUAAUCGAAAUUCAAAAACGUCUAACAAUAUCAAAUAACCAACUAAAAUCCUUUUUAUCAGGAGGAAAACAUGUCACUAAAUAUUCAGAAAACGAAUUACACUCUAAUUAUAGUUCAAUAGAUGUUUUAGAAAUUCUUUCAGAAUUAGAAGAUACUAUAUGUAACGUGCACCAGCAAUAUUUAGAACUUAAAGAAGCAUCUCUACUUCAAAUUGCUGAAUUCCAAAAAAAUUAUAAAUAUCUAUGGGACAAAACAGACAUCGAAGAAUGUCCAAUAAAAAGUUAUUCUAUAGAACAUGGCCAAUUCUCAAUAGAUACUUUAAUAUCUCGAGUGGAUUUGCUUACUUCAGAAUUAUCUAAAAGCAAAAAAAUGUACAAAGGUUUACUCGAAAAAGAAAAACUUCAAGAAGAAAACAAUCUAUCAGCUAUAAACUCAUUAAAAAUAGAAUAUGAAAAUAAAAUUAAUGAUUUGGAUAUGGAUCUUUCAAAAGCUAAAAAAACUAUUGGAGAACUUGUUGUACGCGAAUCAUCGAUAUCUUCUGAAUUAUAUGAUGCAAAUGAAAAAAUAUCUGAAUAUCAACAAACAAUAGAUACAUUAAAUGAGGAAAUAGAAAUAGCUAAACAUAAAAAAGAAGAUGACUAUAAAAAAUGGGCGGAUGAUCAAAAAAAUCUAAAAAAUACAAUAAAAGAUUAUGCCAAUCAAAUUAAGGAUAACGAAACUAAAUUACAGGAGCUUGACGAUACCUAUUCAGACCUUUUAAAAUCUCAUUCAGAUUCUUUAUUAGAUUUUCAAAAAAAAAUCAAGCAAAAAGAAUCAACAUUAGAACUAUUACAAAAUGAAAUUUCUAAACUACAAAACAUUAAUACUAUACUUGAAGAAAAAAUUCAAUUUCUUCAGUCUCAACAUAAAAAUGAACAAUUAGAAUAUGAAAAUAAAGCAAAUGAGACAAUAAAAAGCCUUGAAAAUGAUGUUAUUAAAUUAUCAACUGAAAUAACUAUAUUAAAAGCUGAAAUUGAUACUAUAUAUAACUCAAAACAACAAAAAGAAAAAACACCUAUAAUUAUACAACAAACUAAAGAAAAUGAUGCAUAUAUAGAAAAAUCAGAAAAAGAAAGCAAAGAAAUAGAAUUAAAAAACAAAUCUAUGAACGAAAAUAUAAAAAUAUCUGAAUCAUUAAAAGAAAUACAAGAAAAUAAAUUAAUAGAAAUGAUCGAUAAAAAUAGAAUAAUAUCUGAAAAAGAGAUUAACCUUGAAAAACGCUGUCAACUUCUUCAGUCAGAGCUUAAUGAGAUGUUAAAUGAUUUUGAACAGAUCACACGAAACAUGUUGGACUUCGAAUCAGAAAGAACCCGUCUUGAAAACACUAUUGAUACAUUAAAAGAAAAAUGCGAAGAACUCGAAGGCCAAUUAUCUGAUAAAAAAAUACAAUGGCUAGGGAAAGAAAAUCUAUCACCUGAAAAAUUGAACAUAAAAGAACAUGACGAAGCAAUGAGCAUUGAAUUACUAAGAAAAGAAUUUCGAAAAAUAGUACAUGAAAUAAGAGAAGAGCAUUCUAGGAAAAUGAAAGCAGAAUUGGAAGAGCGGCGCAAAAUUGAAAAUACGCUUCGUCAACUAAAAAAAGAUAUGGCACAAAACAAUCCUAUAUGA